AUAGAGGAGGAGGAAGCGUCCGCAGAAAAUGUGAAAAACGCGGUGUUUGAAGCCACUUCUGCGAAUCCAACGGCGACGCCAGCGACCUCGCCUGCUCUCGAAUGGAUGGUGACCGCCGACUCCUCCUCUUCCUCCUCCGCUUCCUGAGUUUGCCGCCCUCCGCCAAGUCUCCAGGCGAAGACCUCCUACUCUCCUCCAAAUCGCUCACCCUCUACCCCUUUUGCCACUAUUAGCUUCCGAAAGCUCGCUUCUUUACUCGCCGCCCGGCCGAUUCAGAUGCGCGGCUAGGGUUAGGGUUUUUUUUUAUGUUCCUCGAUGGGGGCCGAGGUUUCUAGGGAGGGGAUUAGCGGGGAGACGGGACUCGGGGACUUACCGGAGGGCUGCUUGGCGGAGAUCAUGCUCCGGCUUGAACCACCGGAGAUCUGCCGGCUGGCGAGGCUCUGCCGCACCUUCCGUGGCGCGGCGUCAGCUGACCUUGUUUGGGAGGCCAAGUUGCCGGGCAAUUAUAGGUACUUGUUAGGGAAGCUACUGGAGAACGAGAAUUCUCGGGGAAGGAAGCUCAGCAAAAAAGAGAUCUUUGCUUUGCUUUGUCGUCGCAAUGCCUUCAACGGAUCAAACACGGAGUUUUUCCUGGAGAAAAACAGAUGUUUGAUUUGUAUAUCAAUUUCUUCAAAGGAAUUGUUAAUUACGGGAAUCAAUGAUAGGAGACACUGGAACUUUAUUCCUACUCCUGAAUCUAGGUUUCGCAUGGUUGCAUACCUUCAGCAAACAUGGUGGCUAGAGGCGCGUGGGGAAUUAGAAUUUUGCUUUCCUGAAGGCAUGUACAGCCUAUUUUUCCGACUUCAUUUAGGUCGGGCCGCCAAACGACUUGGCCGUCGGGUUUGUAGCCCUGAGCACAUACAUGGAUGGGAUAAAAAGCCCGUAAAGUUUCAACUGUCGACAUCGGACGGUCAGUUUGCUCAAUCCAAGUGUUAUUUAGAUGAACCCGGAAGCUGGAUCCAUUACCAUGUAGGCGAUUUUAUAAGUAGAAGCUGCAAUAUACCAAUUAAUAUCAAGUUCUCUAUGAUUCAGAUCGAUUGUACUCACACAAAAGGCGGCCUAUGUGUCGACUCAGUUUCAAUUUUGCCCAAGGGCUUUCGACCGGGCUUCGAUCCUGUCACUUUUAGCACAGCAUAGGAGAACAACAGAAUGUAGUGUUUCUUGCCCAAGGAUUUUGAACCAGCCUUUGAUCACACCAUCUAUGAGCAUGAUUCGUUCGAUACAGAACAAUCGAAUGUAGUGUUUCUUGCUAUCGGUUACGAUUUCGCGACCAGCCUUCGAUCCCAUCACUUUUAGCACAGCAUAGGAGCAUGAAUUGUUUGAUACAGAACUAUGUACAUAUUCUUUAUCCCCUUGUGAUAUAUUUGUUUUAUUGUGGAAGAUGAACAUCUUUUAGAAGAAAAUAUUUUGACAUUUAUAUAGUAAUUGUAGAUCUUGCUAGCUUUUAUGUAUGAUAAGUGACAGGGAAUGAAGUGCAUCUUUAUUG